UUCUGUUUCUACGAAGAGAGAUAACGGCGGGCGGCGGCGGCGGCGGCGGCAGCGGCAGCAGCAGCAGCAGCAGCAGCAGCAGGAGUCUCGUGCCACACCCCCCUCCGGGAUCCGGACGGGCCGCGGGUGUGGGGGGGAAAGAGGAGGAGGGGAGGCGAAAUGGCGUCUUCGCCGGUGGCCGUCGAGACAGCCCUAGAGCCCGGUGGCAGCGGUGCCGGUCAGUCGGAGCAGGAGCGGUUGCUGCGACGCGGGGAGCUGCUGGCCCUGAGCAACCACCUGAAAGAAGCGCUGGAGACGUACUCGGCGGCGCUGCGCCUCGGCCCGGCGCCCACCUCGACCUCCCGCCGCCGCCUGGGCACGCUGGUGGACUGCCUGGUGCUGCACUACCGCCUGAGGCAGCGGGAGCAAAAAGCCGGAGCGGCUGGAAACGCACCGGAGGGUCAGGAAGCUGAGGCCGGGGAAGAGGAGCCGCCGCCGCUGCCGCCGGACGCUCGGGAAGAACGCGGAGGAGCGACGGCGGAGCUUUUCCGCUGCUGCGGCUGCCGAGGCUUCCUGGGCGAGCCGGUGACGGCGCCGUGCGGGCACACCUACUGCCGCCGCUGCCUGCGCGAGGAGCUCCGCGCCCGCUGCCGCCGCUGCGGGGACCCCCUCGGGAUGUCGCCCGUCGCCGUGGUCCUCGGCCAGUUGGCGGAGAAGUGGUUCCCGGAGGAGUGCGAGAGGGCGCGGACCCGGCGCCGCGUGGGCGAACUGCUGGGGCGCGGGCAGCUCCGAGAAGCUCGGGAAGCCGCCAGUCGGGCCCUCCUAGAGGAUCCCAGUGACUUGAUGUUGCAAGUUUAUAGAGCUGAAUCCUAUGCUGGACUCCAAGAAUUUAAAUCUGCCCUAGAUGACCUGAAUGCUGUUGUUGCUAAAAUGCCAAAUUGGCCUGAGGUCUACUUCAGAAGAGCAAAAAUACUUCAUAAUGCUGGUUCUAUAGAUGAUGCCUUACAGCUAUUUCUUCACUGCCUAGCACUUGAUGAAGGAUUUCUUCCAGCAAAGCUAGAAGUGGAGAAGAUGCUGUGUGAUUUGCUGUCACCAGAAAAUGUGAGAGAGAGUUUGAAAGAAUCUACUUUGAAUUCAUCAUAUGUUCGAAGUAAACCAUUUAUUUGUGGUUCUGAAUCUGAAGCGUCUUGUGUUCAUUUGCCUCUCACUUCAGAGCCAGAUUUAGAAGUGCCACGGGUUACAUCACAGCCUAUUGGAGGAAAUCUUCAUCGUGCACAGUCUGCCCAUUCUCUUAACUCAACAGAAAAAAUUGCCAAAGAUGAUGGAUUAAAAAGGGUUUCUUCUGAACCUCUGCUUUCUAGCCAAGAGAAAGGUGCUUUAUUAAAAAGGAAGUUGUCCUUUUCAGAACAAGAAGUUGCUAUUUGUGAAGAUGGAAGGAAUAAGCAUAAAAAACAAGGAGAAACUACAAAAAGGGAUGCGGCCUUUUUACUGAAUUAUGGAGCAAUUCCAGAGGACUUGGUUGAUGCAUCAGACUUUGAGUGUUCGCUUUGUAUGAGGCUUUUCUUUCACCCUGUGACAACACCCUGUGGCCAUACAUUCUGCAAGAAUUGCUUAGAACGUUGUUUAGACCAUGCUCCUCAUUGUCCUCUGUGUAAAGAAAGCUUAAAAGAGUAUCUCGCAAGUAGAAAAUACUGCAUCACACAAUUGUUGGAAGAACUAAUAGUGAAGUAUUUGCCCGCUGAAUUAUCUGAGAGGAAAAGAAUUGAUGAUGAAGAAAUGGCUGAACACUCGAACUUAACGGACAAUGUUCCGAUCUUUGUUUGCACUAUGGCCUACCCAACUGUGCCUUGUCCCCUCCAUGUGUUUGAGCCAAGGUAUCGACUGAUGAUUCGAAGGAGUAUAGAAACAGGGACGAAACAAUUUGGGAUGUGUAUCAGUGACCCCAAAAAGGGGUUUGCAGAUUACGGCUGCAUGUUGUACAUUAGAAAUCUUGACUACCUGCCAGAUGGGAGGUCUGUUGUGGAUACAGUUGGAUUAAAGAGAUUCAGAAUUCUUCAAAGAGGGAUGAAGGAUGGUUAUUGCACUGCAGACAUUGAGUAUUUAGAAGAUAUAAAGGUUCAAAAUGAAGGUGAGAUGAAGAAACUUGGAGAACUCCAUGAUUUUGUAUACAACCAGGCUUGCAGCUGGUUCCAAAGCUUAAGAAACAGGUUUCGUAGCCAAAUACUUCAGCACUUUGGUCCAAUGCCAGAGAGGGAGGAAAACAUACAGGAAAUGGCUAAUGGACCUGCUUGGUGUUGGUGGCUUCUAGCUGUACUCCCUGUGGACCCCAGAUAUCAGCUUUCAGUGCUGUCUAUGAGGUCUUUGAAAGAACGUCUGAUAAAAAUUCAAGAUAUAUUGACGUAUUUCUCUAGAGACCAGUCCAAAUGACUAACUGCCUGGAUCUUACUGAAACAUUACCCUGUUCUAGCUAUAACAGCAGCUGGGUUUUUUGCAGCAUUUGCACUUUUAGCGCUGGUUUGAGAAUAUCAGAACUGCUUUUCCUAUUUUCCUUUACCAAUAGUUCUUCACAUGGGUACCUUCAGCUUGAAGGAUACCACUAAAAUUGCACAAAGAAAAAUUGACCCAGCGACAAAAAUGUGGGAGGAAAACUAUUUUAUUUGCACUAUAUGCAAGUGAGAAUGUGUCCUAUGAAUGUAUCCUAUGAUUUGAGUAUUAGGAGCAGUGGAAAGUGCAGGAUUUAAAACUGUCAGUCCAGGUUUACAAUGUUAAGGAUGCAUACAAAAUCUUGCAAAUCAGAAUUUGCCUCAGAUGCAACACCCUGUUGCUAUUUGCACAAGUAUUUAAAAUGUAGUAUUAAAUGUUGCUGUAGCAAACUUCUGUUUUGUGAGUGUCUUAAAUAUAAACAUAGCACAAGUUAAUUUUCUUGCGUACUUAAUAAUAAUGAUAUAGAUUUGGAGACAUGUUAAAGAACAAUUUAAAGAUCAUUCAAGAAGCUAUUGAAAUUGUGAACAUAUUACCUAUAGCUGUACAUUGUGAGAGACUGGGGUUGGACACAACUGACUACUAGCGUGUUGUUCAGGGUAGUUCAUCUGAACACUUAAAUAUGUUUCUCCAGUAUGUAAUAACAAAGACUCACUGCAAUCCUAUGAUCCAAGCGGUCAGCCUUCAGAGAUCUCACCUCAAAUACCCCUCUCCCAGCCCCCAUGGAAGCAUCCACAUCCCCUACCUCUGGUUUUGAAACUCUGGCACUGGAGAGGGGAAGCAUGAGGCAUGCUGGGGGAUUGUUAGGAGGAGAAUCAGGAGAGGCAUCCCAUUGUAAUCUGCACCAGUCCAGUAGCUGGUGUAAACUAACUCUCUCCUAUUAGUUCCAACAGGAGAGAGUUGGUUAAAAGAUAGAAGCUGGCUGGGGCGGGAAGGGGGAGAGGAAAAAAAUAAGGAAAAUGCUCUUCCUCCCUUACUUAUGAUCUCUGGGCAUUACCCCGGCAGGGCUUUGGAUAUUUUGGAAGGUCUGACAUCUAAUCUUUCCAUGAUUGUUAAGAUUGCCCUGCCAGAAAGCACUAAAUACAGUAAUGAUUCCUAAAUUUCUGUGCAUACCACUCAGAAAAGUUAACAAACUUCCAGAUUUGAAAAUACAGUCAGUGACUUUCUCUUAGCUCCAUGAAUCAGUUGCAGCUCACCAUAUCCUUACAGGGAACUGAUGUGAAAGAAUGGGAACUACUGAAAUACUAGUAGAAAUAAGUUUUACCAGUUUUUUGAAAAGUUCAAAAACAUUUGGUGCAAAUAGAACUUCCAUGCCUUAUUCAUAUGAAUACUACAGUGCAAUGCAAAGGUUAGCAUUCUGCUUGCCAAUAGGUACUUUCUGUAGUUCUGUUUGUGAAUGACUGUCUUGUAUGUGAGUCAUUUUGUAAAAUUCUUUUUAAAAUCUUGCUUUUGCUAAUAUUUAAUUUUCAAUAAACCUACAACUUAUAUA